UAUCAGAAGUGAGCAUAGUUAUUGACGUUUGUAGUUAUGAUUAAAGAAAUUUAUAAUUAUUUAUUUGUAGAGCUCUCUGCUCCGUUAAGUCGUGAAUGGCCAUUAAUAUCUUCACCAUUUCCAUUAAUGAUGAUAAUUUUUGGAUAUUUGUAUUUUAUUCUUUAUAUUGGACCCCACUACAUGAUAGGUCGAUUGCCAUAUAAAUUGAAAACCUUGAUAUUGCUUUAUAACUUUAUACAAAUUUUAGCAAACUUAUGGAUGGUACAAGAACAUAUAUCUUUUGGCUGGUUUUCAAAAUAUGGCGUAUUGUGUUCAGAGCCAUUUCCGCAUUCUCCCAAUACGCUUAAAAUGUUCAAUUCUUUAUGGUGGCUAUUAUAUUGAAAAAUAUUCGAUCUGAUAGAAACUUGUAUAUUUGUGUUGAGGAAGAAACAGAAUCAAGUUUCCACUUUGCAC